AUGAAAAUUCCUCAAGGUCUUUUUGUUGCUUCUACUUCUGUUUCUUCUGGGUCUCCUACUUUGGUAUACAAAUUGCAAAAGUCCCUUUAUGGCUUGAGACAGGCUUCUAGGCAAUGGUACGCCAAGCUGUCCCAUGCAUUUUAUUCUAGGGGGUAUAAUCACUCAUUGAAUAACUACUCCUUGUUCAUUAAGAAAAUUAACUGCUGCACUACCCUUAUAGCUGUUUAUGUAGAUGAUAUUAUUGUGACUGGGGAUGACUUGGAUGGAAUUUCUAUUCUUAAAGCUUUUUUGGAUGCUCAAUUCAAAAUUAAGGACUUGGGGUUGCUUAACUAUUUCUUGGGUAUUGAGGUCUGUUAUUUUCAGUCGGGUAUUCUUUUGUCUCAGAAGAAGUUUAUCUCUGAUUUGCUAUCAGAAUACAAAUGUGCUGAUGUUUCUGCUGUUGCUAGUCCUUUGGACAUGAAUCACAAGUUACAUUCUGAUGUUGGAGAGCUACUGCCUCAACCUGAAAGCUAUAGGAGUCUAGUUAGAAAAUUAAAUUUUUUGACCAACAAAAGACCAAAUUUAUGCUUUGCUGUCCAACAUUUAAGUCAAUUUUUACAGCGAUCUAGAGUUCCACAUAUGACUGCCGCUUUACAUGUAUUGAGAUACUUAAAGGGCACUUCUGAUUUUGGGGUCUUGUUAAAUAAUUCUGUUGAUUUGUCUUUGGUGGCCAGUUGUGAUAGUGAUUGGGCAGCUUGCCUCGAGUCUAGGCGCUCAGUUUCUAGUUUUUGCAUUCAGUUAGGUGGUAGUCUCAUCAGUUGGAAGUCUAAAAAGCAGCACAUUGUUUCCCUGUCCUCAGCUGAGGCAGAAUACAGAGCCAUGAGUAAAGUGGUAGCUGAAUUAGCAUGGUUAGUCCGCCGGUUAUCUGACUUGGAUCUCGCUGCUGCUCUCUCGGUUCCUAUUUUGUGCGACAACCAGGCUGCUAUUCAUAUCGCUAAGAACCCGGUGUUCCAUGAGCGUACCAAGCACAUCGAAGUUGACUGCCAUUUCAUUCGCACUAAGUUGGCAGAUGGUCUUAUCUCUUUGUCUCAUGUUUCUACUAGUUCUCAACUAGCUGAUGUUUUUACUAAACGUUUGACAGGUCUACACCAAAUCCACUUGAUUGGCAAGUUAGGCGUGUGUCCACCCUCUAACUUGAGGGGGAUGUUGGAGUUACCUGAAGAUUGGGCCACGAAGACUGGGCAACACAAGAGUUGA